GAAGAGACGGCGAUUCAAUAUACUAGUGUAUGAGAGCUCUCGGACAAAAUUAUACAGUAUACGAUCAAAGAAAGAAACACGAGUGUGGUUAAACGGAAAAACAGAAGAACCGUCCAUUACAAGUAUCAGUGCCAGACAGCUGUAUCUAUUUAAAAAUAAAUCAUAAUGGCGAAACGUGAUACUGACAAAUCUACCCAGCAGCAUCAACAACAACAGUCUGUAAAGGUUAUAGAUGAGAUUACUACAGGUUCAACAGCAGAUCCACUAUUGGAAACACCAUCAUCUGAUACAGCGAGUCAGCUUUCAAAAGAGACAACAAGUGACCGUAAGAAGAAGGGUUGGACGAAGACAUUGAAGAAGGCUACCAACUCUAUCAUCUACAUGGCCAUGCCGCCCACAAGUGCGGACCAUGCCCCCAUGGUUGUUGCGCAGACACCUAUGUCGCCAGAUCGCUUGAUCCCAACGCUACACUCGCCAUUGCUUAGUUCGGGAGAGCCUUUCGUCGCGACAGCAUUAACAGAUACAGCAACAAUAGGCCCAUUAGAAUCCAUAUCAAUUACCUCUGCUUCAUCCACUUUGUCUGUUACAUCGUCAUCUGCAGCCUCUUCAGCAUCAUUUAAACCACGUGUGACGCAGGAGCCGCAUUUGGGGCAUCCUUCAGUGAUCAGCUCUACUCAGUCCACUAUAUCCCAUUCAAAGCAGCGAUCCGCUUCAAUAGCAUCAUCCUCGACUUCAUCGACCUCGAAGGCAAGGAGGUCUAUAAAGGGAAAAGAAAAGGCAACGUCAGCUGUGACAGAUUUGACUGAUGGACAAAUACAUACUGGAUUGGCGACCAAGGAUGCAGGGAAUAUUGAAGUCAAAGGACGAUCUUUUUCAUCGACGUCUCUUCUACCUCCUUCACCAAGCCGUCCAACCUUGCAGGACAGCAAUAACCUUACUGUGAACGUAUUGCCCACAGCAUCCAAUACUUUGCUGUUGGAGAAUAGUCAUCAAGAGUCCCUUUCACAAUCUCCAUCAUCACCAAUUAAAGUUACACGAAAAAGCAUGGAGGAUAUCUUUACAGACAAAGAUGGAGAUAGAAGCAGCAAAGAUUCGAAAGCUGCAAACAAACCUGAUAGGCCCCAUUCCGCCACUGCUAAUUCAGAUGAGGCCCAACAAUCUAGACCUGCGGAACAAAUUCAGAACAAGAACGCAGCGAGUGGUUUCGAGUCGCCACCAAUGCUCUCCUCUAAUACGUCUAGGCUUAAUAUUGAGCUCGAUGUCAACUUAACGCAGACCUCUAAUGCUGAUCAAAUUGGAGCGCCCGAGGCAGAUGUCAUAUCAACACAAUCCUCGGUCAAGCCCGCUGCUAGGACUCGGCAAGAUAUUGUGGUGGAAGGCUUCGAAGAGACAGUUGCCGACCUAGGGAGUUAUCAGGAUUCAGAGGGACCUCAAUCAACACAGAAAGCCAUUAUUGCCGCUUCAUUGCCAGGUUCAUUCCCAGGCGCGAGUCCAAAAUCAUUUGUCCCUGUUAACAAAGUUGCACAAUCUAUCCGUGACGAGUCUAUGGCUGUGUCAUCAUCCCCAGGCGCUCUCCCUGGGGCCUUCCCCGGGGCCUUCCCUGGUACUUUUCCAGUUCAUACGGUAAGCGCUCUUUCGGGACCCUUGCCUGUUGAGCUUCUCGUACAACAGCCGUCAAAGCCGCUCCCUGAUAGGCCGCAUGGCGAGGCGCUGGUGAAUACGCCUACUAAACCAACAAUUGGAGUACCCCUAAUUAAGCCAGGAGUUGAUUCACCGGAAUCUCCAAUCGAUCCACCAGUUGUGCUUCCAGAGGUUUCCAAUGAGGGGCCAAAAAUUGAAGCUGUCAAACAUACUAAGCCAUCAGACCAAACAGUAAUGUCCGUGAACGCAGCUUUAGGCUCGCCCGCACUCCCCACGUCUACAUCAUUAUCUCACACUACGUCGAAAUCCCUUAAGCAGCAAACAACCAGGAAUGCGCCUUGGCUCUGGCAUCAGGAUGGCAUCCAUCAUCAACGUCUCGAGUCGCAUCAGAUCUUGACAAAGGAGCAAGUUUUUGAACAAUUUCAUCUAGAUCUGGAGCAGGAUGGCCCCAACGGGUUCUUCUUGUUCAAGCUCGUCAGGAGAUACAAGAAGCAAGACCCUUCUAUGAUAGCGAUUUCAUCUACACUGCUGGACACCGAGCUGAGUGCCUCUCCAGCUUCAUUAUCACCCACCAAUGCUACUCCUACAUCUAUUCUCGAGUCCUUGGAGGCUGUUUCGGUCUCGCAGAAACUAAAGCGACAGCUGCUGUUGCAAAAGCGCAAGAAACAGCGAAAAGUGCCAUCCUCUUUAGAUAGCGAGGAAGAUGAAAACUUUGAAGCACUGUUGACCAUGUCAAACAACAACACUAGCCUACAAAACCUCAAUUCAUCUCUUUUGGAAGUCAUUGAUGCGGUCGACUGUUUAAAGGGGGACCGUGAAGAAUGGGCGAGCUUGUUGAAUAACCAACCCCACAAGUUUUCAGAGCCAGCCCCUUCUUCAAUGUUCUCUUAUCCUGAUAGUGAGAAUGAAUAUACUUCGAAAGACAAGGAUGCUAUGGACGUAGAGACAUUGGAGAAAAGAAGAGGAGUAUAUGCGACUGGGCGCUACGACGGCAUGAAUCUCAUUUCAAAGAAGAAGUACAAGGCUGCCCAACGACGUUCCUCCAUGAGCACGCCGUCGCGAAAGGGAAGUAUCCCUUCUGCUUCUGGGAACAGCACUAACGGAGCUCAUAAUGGGGCGACAGACGGGCCAGGGUACGAUAAACAUGGCUCUGAAGCCACAGACGGGCCAUCACCGCAGUUCAAAAAGCAGGCAGUCAGCCAGCUACAUAUCUAUAGUCGGAAUGGGCUCAAGUUCAAGUUUGAUGUAAUGGAAGAUAACGAACUUCACUUUGUUGAGGCUUCUAAAAAAUAUACAUUCAUGGACCCCUUAGCAGCCGAACGUCAACCCGACCUCGAUGUUCAUGGUACAGAUAUUAUAUCGCCUCUGCGUCCUUCAACGCUCCCGCAGCCACCCAUCGGUCGUCGCACCAGCUCUGGAACUGUGGCUACGCUUGUAGAUACCAACCGACCGCCUCGCCGUAGCGACAGCUCACGCAGCAAGAGUACUCUCAGUUCAACAAGAUCCACAGGGGGCCGAAGAGUGUUUGUAACUCGCCUGGGCCGCCACACCCUGCUGACCUACACCGAAUAUAAGGCCCUUGCUAAAUCUGCCAGUAGUUUUACACUUGGGGCCAAGCUACUCCUUCAACGAUCAAUUGCCGUGGCCACACCGAGUUUCUAUGGGUCUUCAGGAAGCAAUGGGCAUAGCAAAGAACCUUCAUCUUCUGGCCAAGCUAACUCAUAUGAUACGACUACACCAGUUAGUCCGACUAAGAGCAUCUUUGGAUCAUCAACGAACCCUACACCAACACCUGGAAAUAGUGGUAAUACGGAUGGCUCAGAUUACUUCAGUUUGAAGAAGAAGCCACGAGUGAUCUCAGGUUUUGCAUCUAAGGCAGUCGCUGCAAUUAAAUCGCCCUCGUCGUCCUCGGCGCCAGCUGUUCCGUCAAGGACGUCUCGAGCUAUCGUCACGCCUUAUAAUCCUAAUGAUUACAAGAACAAAUCACUUACAGUGUCGACUACUAUCGCCAAUACUGCUGCCGCCGAAGACUCUUGUUCAACUGGCCUUAGUAUGCCCUUAUAUUCCCCCUCGGCACAGAAAAGCACUGCAGUCGAUAUUCCUCAGGCGCCAGUUCGUCGUGGAUCAUCUGUUUUAGAACAUCCUCCUAGCUCGCCUUCCACUCCAAUGGGAAUGGGAAUGGCUUCACCGCAAGCAACACCAACAUUUUCGCCACCCUCUACCCCAUCCACAUCAUCGUCUAAUCCGUAUGGCUCUAUUAGGCGUGCAGGCAACCAAGCAGGUCUUAAAUUUCAACACCUCUUUGUGACAGUUCAUCAGCGACUUCAAAAGCUAGAGCUCGAUACUGGAGCUUCUUUUUAUGGAUCGUCGCUAGUACAGUGGACAGUGAUUGAGGAUCCCGCAGAGCUUCGCUGGUGGCGUGACAAAAUUGGCAUUAAGAUGAUAAGUCGGCUUGAAGGAGAUGAGCUUAUUUCGUCAGGGACAAAGACUGCGACAGCGACAGGACACAAUAAGAUCUCGAUGUUACCACAAUUUUCGUCUACGAUCAGUUUGCGAUCGUCAUAUGUCUCAGCAGACAGCACCAUAUCAGACGCUACAUCGAACUCGCCUUCGUCUUCAUUGUCUGCGCUAUCUUCUUUUCCGCAAGGGUACAAGAGUCAUGUCUCUGUGGAGCGUUUAGGAUACAGAUUCUUGAGGGUCUCUGGACACAUGGGCACAUUAAAAAUUACUGUCUCGGAGCAAGUGGAAGCACGAGCAGUAGCACUUGCUGUACAGGCUGAGAUAAUGAGGCAGAAGCGGAUGGCUCAACAAAAGCAAGGUGUUGUCGUGGAGGGCGAUCCUCUAGAGCAGCCAUGGGUAGAAGCAAGUGUCUCGCCUGUCGUUUCAGAUGAUGAUACAUUUGUGUCCAAUGAAGAUGAAAGUGAUAGGGAAUGUUGUAAUGGUGUACCUAUUCAGCUGCAGCAACACCAAAGCCAUAACCAUUAUGAUGGCUAUGAGCAUGAUGAAUCGACUGAAAAGACACGACUGAGAAAAGAUACGAGCAGGGAUCUGUUCUCGCGCCGCAAGAGACAUGAUCGAGCUACUGGACUACUUAAAAAUAGCAAGCAAGUACCAGAACCAUUGAUUGAGCGCAUGACGAUGAUUGUAGGUCAGGCUAAAGUCUUCAAAGGAGACUUUUACAUGAAGAACAUCUACAAAUUCAAUCCAUAGCAAUCGCUUAAUAUUUUUUUUAUGUUCAAACGCGUGUCAUCCAUGGUGGCUUGCAAAAGCGUCUACUCUAACUACUGCGCCUUGCGAUAUUCAUGCACAAUAGAAUAAAGAAAUGUUUUUUUAUUGACCAC